AAGCAGCAGGGGCAUUUCCGUCAUUAGAAAAUUUUGCCAGUGGCAUAUUCGUAACUUAAAAUAUGUGGCUUUGUUUGUUUAUGGGUUGACUACGCUCCUAUUCAGACCGCAUCUUCGGGCUUAUCCAAACCCACGGCUUCUUUUCAUUCUCGCUUUCGGGUUUUCUUUACCAAUCUUCUUUUUCGUCUCCGUUAUUUGCGUUUCCACCAAAAUCUCGCUGAGAUACGUUGCAUCCAACAGUUAGCAUCGAUUUCAUGGCCCCAACGCCCUAACAGUACCUGUCUCUACUUGUGUCAUUUUCACUUCAGCUCCCAACAUUUCUGCUUUUAGCAUCCUUUUCUUGAUCUUGACAUCCCUCCUCGUUUCCCAUUUCCAUACACUUUCAAUCGAGACCCUUGAUUUUUCAACAACUUCUCUUCUCAUCUUACCGUCUGUCUGUCUGUCAUCCAAACCGGCAAAGAUGGCAUCCAUCCCGGUGGGCCACGACAUGGCUGAUAGCUUAUCGGAUCUCUUCGAAGACUCAGGUUUCAGUGACACCAACUUGGCUGGAGCAGAUUCACCAGAAAACCUCUUCAGCUUCCUGGAGUCCCUCGACGGCGCUCGGGUUGUACAGUUGACGUCGCUUGAAGAAACCGUCUUCAGCCCCAAGCACGACGACCCAUCAACCACGUUGGUAUCGCAGAAGUCAAGCGCUUCAAGUGCUGUGCAGGAAUCUGAGACGGAUGCAGAAGGCUCACCGUCUUGCAAGAAGAUGAAGCUCUCGUCAGUGCCUUGUUUGGAAGAAGUAGCCCCUGAUGGACAACAACGGAUAUCUCACAUAACGGUGGAGCGGAACAGAAGAAAGCAGAUGAACGAACACUUAUCGGUACUGCGAUCGUUAAUGCCUUGCUUCUACGUGAAGAGAGGUGAUCAAGCUUCAAUAAUAGGAGGUGUAGUUGAUUUCAUCAAGGAAUUGCAACAAGUUCUUCAAUCUCUGGAGGCGAAGAAACAAAGAAAGGUUUACAGUGAAGUUCUUAGCCCUAGGCCGGUAUCAAGCCCGAGACACCCAUCACUGAGCCCUAGACCCCCACCAUUGAGUCCAAGACCACCUCCAUUGAGUCCUAGAAUGAGCUUGCCCAUAAGCCCUAGGACUCCACAACCAACAAGCCCUUACAAACCUAGUAGGAUGCAACAACCUUAUUUAUCCCCCACCAUGAACACGUCACAUGACUCCUCUUCCUCCUUCGACAAUGUUAAGGAGCUCGCUGCCAACUCGAAAUCACCAGUCGCGGAAGUGGAGGUGAAGUUUUCUGGUCCUAAUGUCCUUCUGAAGACAAUAUCGCACCGGAUUCCUGGCCAGGCCCUCAAGAUAAUCGCUGCCCUUGAAGGCCUUUCGCUUGAGAUACUCCAUGUGACCAUCAGCACCAUUGAUGAAACCAUGCUCAAUUCAUUCACUAUCAAGAUUGGAAUUGAAUGCGAACUUAGUGCGGAGGAUCUCGCCCAUGAAAUUCAACAAACAUUCUGCUGAGGUCCACUAAAUAUAGCAUCAGACCAUCCACAAACAUUCUGCUGAUGGUUUACCCAA